CAGUUGUUGGUGCGCGGGAUCCUGCCGCGAACAGAGGAAUCGGCCCCCUCUCCCUCGGCUAUCAGGAUGCCGACGUUGCUGUGGAGUAGAUAAUAAACUCAGCUUGCUCAGGACGUCCAUCCCUAAAAAGAAGAGGAAAUGACCGAGUCUGAGGGACUAGUGACGUUCAAAGAUGUGGCCAUUGAUUUCACCCCAGAAGAAUGGAGGCAGCUGGAUCCUACUCAGCGGAACCUAUAUCGGAAUGUGAUGCUAGAAAAUUAUAACAACUUAAUCACAGUUGGCCCGCCACUCUCCAAACCCGAUGUGAUUUUCAAGUUGGAACAAGAGGAAGAGCCAUGUGUAGUGGAGAAAGAAGUGUUAAGGAGACGCCGUCCAGGAGAGAUUUUGGGGAUUGACGAACACCAGAAAAACCAGAACAGGCUCUUGAGACAAGUUCUCAAGGGGACAGUGGUGACUCACGAAGCCGAUGAACGCCCUAAGAAGUUCGCAAAUACAUUCUCUCCAAACUCAGCCUCCGUUCCUUCCGGACACAAUCUCUGUGACCCUGACAGUGUUGGAAAGCGUGCAGAACCUGCUUCUGGCGAUCCCGGUAAUGCAAAGCAGCCGUUGCCAGAGGAGCGUUUCCAGGAAGAUGAUGGGGAGCAACCAUAUCACAACAGCUCGCCCUAUUUUGUGCUGACGCCCUUCAAGUGCAAUCACUGUGGAAAAGGCUUUAGUCAGACCCUGGACCUGAUUCGACACCUGAGAGUUCACACUGGGGGGAAACUGUAUGAGUGCCAUCAGUGUGGAAAAGGCUUUAGCCACAAGGAGAAACUUAUUAAUCACCAUAAACUUCACAGUAGGGAUCAGUGCUAUGAGUGUAACGAAUGUGGGAAGACUUUCAUUAAGAUGUCAAACCUCAUGAGACAUCAACGAAUUCACACCGGCGAGAAACCAUACGUGUGCCAGGAGUGUGGGAAAUCCUUCAGCCAGAAAUCUAAUCUCAUUGACCACGAAAAGAUUCACACUGGCGAGAAGCCUUAUGAAUGCAGGGAGUGUGGGAAAUCCUUCAGCCAGAAACAAAGCCUUGUCGCACACCAAAAAGUUCACACUGGGGAGAAGCCUUACGCGUGCAAUGAGUGUGGGAAGGCCUUUCCUCGGAUCGCUUCCCUUGCUCUUCAUAUGCGCAGUCACACGGGAGAAAAACCAUAUAAGUGUGAUAAGUGUGGAAAAGCCUUCUCUCAGUUUUCCAUGCUCAUCAUACACGUGAGAAUCCACACUGGUGAGAAGCCGUACGAGUGCAGCGAGUGUGGAAAAGCCUUCUCUCAGAGCUCAGCACUAACUGUGCAUAUUAGAAGCCACACGGGUGAGAAACCCUAUGAAUGCAAGGAAUGCAGAAAAUCCUUCAGUCAUAAGAAAAACUUCAUCACCCAUCAGAAGAUUCAUACUCGGGAGAAACCGUACGGAUGCAAUGAGUGUGGCAAAGCCUUUAUCCAGAUGUCAAACCUUGUCCGGCACCAGAGGAUCCACACGGGAGAAAAGCCUUAUCUAUGUAAGGAAUGUGGCAAAGCCUUCAGCCAGAAGUCAAAUCUCAUUGCUCAUGAAAAAAUUCACUCUGGAGAGAAGCCCUACGAAUGUAAUGAGUGUGGGAAAGCCUUCAGCCAGAAGCAAAACUUCAUUACCCAUCAGAAAGUUCACACGGGAGAGAAACCUUACGAUUGUAACAAGUGUGGGAAGGCCUUUUCUCAGAUCGCUUCCCUUACCCUUCAUUUGCGAAGUCACACGGGAGAAAGGCCUUACGAGUGUGACAAGUGCGGGAAAGCCUUCUCCCAGUGCUCACUACUCAAUUUACACAUGCGAAGCCACACAGGCGAGAAGCCAUACAUAUGCAACGAAUGUGGAAAAGCCUUCUCUCAAAGAACAUCCCUCAUCGUGCACAUGAGAGGCCACACUGGCGAGAAGCCCUAUGAAUGUAACAAGUGUGGGAAAGCCUUCUCCCAGAGCUCAUCCCUUACCAUACACAUCCGGGGUCACACGGGCGAGAAACCCUUCGACUGCAGCAAGUGUGGAAAAGCCUUCUCUCAGAUCUCUUCCCUUACACUUCAUAUGAGGAAACACACAGGGGAGAAGCCCUAUAACUGUAUCGAGUGUGGCAAAGCUUUCAGCCAAAAGUCGCACCUUAAAUCAGAAUUCCUCACGCAUCAAAAAACCCACACUAGAGAGAAGCGCUAUCCGUGCGGCGACUGCGGAAAGUCCUUUUUCCAAGCGUCUUCUCUCUUCAGGCAUCAGAGGAUUCACACUGGAGAAAAGCUCUACGAGUGCGGCCACUGUGGGAAAGGCUUCUCGUACAACUCAGACCUCAGGACCCAUCAGAAGAUCCAUACAGGAGAGAGGCAUUACAGCUGCGCCGACUGUGGCAAAGCCUUCGCACAAAAGUCCACACUCAAGAUUCACCAGAAAAUCCACACGGGAGACAGGGCCUACAUCUGUAUUGAGUGUGGACAGGCUUUCAUCCAGAAGACACACCUGGUCUCACACCGACGGAUUCACACUGGAGAAAAGCCACACCAGUGCGACAGCUGCGGCAAAUCCUUUGUUUCCAAGUCCCAACUCCAGGUCCAUCAGCGAAUUCACGCAAGAGUGAGGCCCUGUGUAACUCCCGACCACGGGAAGACCUACAGCAGUAAUCCCAGCCUCCUCUCACGUAAGAAAGUUCCGGUAAGAGAGAAAUCGUCCGCCUGCACUGAGUGUGGGAAGGCCUUUACCUACAGGUCAGAGCUGAUCAUUCAUCAGAGAACUCACACCGGGGAGAAGCCUUAUCAGUGUGGGGACUGUGGCAAGGCCUUCACCCAGAAGUCAGCCCUCACCGUGCACCGAAGAAUCCACACAGGAGAGAAGUCGUACGCGUGUGUAAAAUGUGGGCUGGCUUUCGUCCAGAAGGCGCACCUGGUCGCACAUCAGGUAAUUCACACCGGAGAGAAACCUUACACAUGUGGUCACUGUGGGAAACUCUUUACUUCCAAGUCGCAACUCCACGUACACAAGCGGAUUCACACAGGGGAAAAACCGUACGUGUGCAGUAAAUGUGGGAAGGCCUUUGCCAACAGGUCAAACCUCAUCACGCACCAGAGAAUCCACACAGGGGAGAAGUCCUAUGUCUGUUCAAGGUGUGGAAAAGCCUUCACUCAGAGAUCAGACCUGGUUACACACCAGAGAAUUCAUACUGGGGAGAAGCCGUAUGGAUGUAGCAUUUGCGGGAAAGCUUUUACCCAGAAGUCACACCUCAGCAUACACCAGACGAUUCACACCGGAGAGAGACAGUACAAAUGCCUCGACUGUGGGAAAGCCUUCAACCAGAAGUCGAUUCUCAUCGUGCACCAGAAAAUCCACACCGGGGAGAAACCCUACGUGUGCACCGAGUGUGGGAGAGCUUUCAUCCGGAAGUCCAACUUCAUCACCCACCAACGAAUCCAUACCGGCGAGAAACCUUACCGAUGCAACGACUGCGGGAAGCCCUUCACCUCCAAGUCGCAGCUCCUGGUGCACCAGCCAAUCCACACGGGCCAGAAACCUCACGUGUGUGCCGAGUGUGGGAAAACCUUUAGUGGCAGAUCAAACCUCAGCAAGCACCAGAAGACGCACACCGGGGAGAAGCCGUACAUGUGUUCUGAGUGCGGGAAGACCUUCAGGCAGAAGUCAGAGUUGAUUACCCACCACAGAAUCCACACCGGGGAGAAGCCUUACGAUUGCAGUGGCUGCGGGAAAUCCUUCACCAAGAAAUCCCAGCUCCAAGUGCAUCAGCGAAUUCACACCGGAGAGAGGCCUUACACGUGUGCCGAGUGCGGGAAGGCCUUCACCGACAGGUCCAACAUGAAUAAGCACCAAACAAUACACACCAGAGAGAAACCUCAUAAGUGUGUAGUCUGUGGGGAAGGGUUUGUGCAGAAGUCCGAGCUCAGUGUCCACCAGAGUCUUCACACCCAAGCGGUAUGAGGGAGAACUCAUACUGAGGAUGUGUCUUACUGUAAUUACUGCCUCUGUGGCACAGAACAGCAUGUAUAUUGUUGUAAUUAAAACUGCCACGGGACAGUGUCACAUAUCACUGCUCAGAAAAGGAUGUCAGAGAAGGCACUGAAUGGGAUUACGGGGGAAGGACAUUUCUACUGGCUGAGAAGAAAUGGUGUCAAUUGGAUACAAUGAAAGCUUUUGGUGUCAAUUGGACACAAUGAAAGCUUUCUCAUGGGGAAAAACACCGCAGUGGAACACUGUUACCAAGUUCUCUAGCAGAACGAUCAUCUCAGCUCACGCUGAGGCAAAUCCUGUUGGUGGAGCGGGACACUGCCAACUAAUCCAUGGUAAUGUAAUGUACACGACAGGGAUCCUCUUCUCUUCUGACACUUGUUUGCUGCAAACAUUAACAGACCCGUGGGCGUCUUUGCUCUCUUGGGAGCAUCCGUUCCUUCUGUUGAGCGAGAUACACUACAGGCCUGGGUAUGGCAUUUCAUGUCAGUAAUUCCAGCCUUCAGGAAAAGCUGAGGCAGGAGGGUCACCAUGAGUUCAAGGCCAGUCUGAGCUACAGGGUAAGACAACUGUGUCAAAAGCAAGAGAGGAAGAACACAGUGACGACAUAUCCAGACACAAGCUUGAGCGUGCUCGUGGACUCGCCGCUGUCAUUUACCUGUAACGGACUUUAUAAGCUACCCGUAACUAUCUUUGUCAAAAGCAACCAACAUGUUGUCUCCUACCUCAAGUAUCAUGUCUUUUGAAUUUCCCUUACCCUCAGGAAGUCUCGAAGUAAAAAUGUUGAGAUCACUUGGGUCAAAUUAAGACCCUGGUCCCAGUUUUCUA